AUGAAUCAAGAAAACCAAACAGAGCUUUCUGGGUUCCUCCUUCUGGAUCUCUCUACGCAGCUGGAGCAGCAGCGUCUCCUUGCCUUGCUCUUCCUUGCCAUGUACCUGCUCAUUCUUUUGGGCAACCUGUUGAUCAUCCUGCUGAUCCGCUUAGAUGCUCACCUCUGCCAGACGCCUAUGUAUUUUUUCCUCAGCCACCUCUCCUUGGCUGAUGUGGGAUUUGCCUCUGUGACCAUCCCAAAGAUGCUGCAAAACCUUCUGUUCCAGGUCAAGACCAUCUCUUACGGCGGGUGCUUGGUGCAAAUGUACUCCUACAUGGCUUUUGGCAACACAGACAGUUUCCUCCUGGCCUCAAUGGCCUAUGAUCGCUACUUGGCAAUCUGCCACCCUCUAUACUAUACCACCCUGAUGAGCCACCAGCGAUGCCUUUUACUGGUGGCCGCUUGUUGGGUCCUGGCCUCUCUCCAUUCUUUGCUGUACACGCUGAUGAUGUCUCGCCUAAUGGCCAACACAAACCAAACAGGCAUAUCUGAAUUUGUCCUUUUGGGCCUCUCCACCCAGCCUCAACACCAGAAUCUCCUCUUCCUGCUUUUCCUUUCCUUGUACUUGUUGACUCUACUAGGGAACCUUCUGAUUGUCCUGCUGAUCCGUUUGGACCAUCACCUCCUUCAUACUCCAAUGUACUUCUUUCUCAGUCACCUCUCGCUGGCAGACUUAGGCUUUGUUUCCAGCACUGUCCCCAAGAUAUUGGUCAACCUGAUGUCUCCCAUCAAGACCAUCUCUUAUGGCGGGUGCUUGACCCAGAUGUAUUUCUUCUUAACCUUUGGCAACACUGAUAGCUUCCUCCUGGCUUGCAUGGCUUAUGACCGCUACGUGGCCAUCUGUCGCCCAUUGCACUAUACCACCAUGAUGAGCCACAAGUGCUGCCUUAUUCUGGUAUGUGGAUCAUGGAUUCUUUCUGCUCUUCACUCUUUGCUCUACACUCUUCUGACAUCCCGCCUUUCUUUCUGCUCCUCUGGGGAGAUCCCCUAUUUCUUCUGUGAUGUCUAUCCUCUCCUGGAACUCUCCUGCUCCAGCACAAGAAUGAUAAAGACCCUGGCACAGACAGAGGGCGUGGUGGACAUUCUGGGGCCCUUUGUCCUCAUCAUCAUCUCCUACAUACACAUCUUCUGCACUAUCAUGAAGGUACCCUCUGCUGCUGGGAAGCGCAAGGCCUUCUCGACCUGCGGCUCCCAUCUGACUGUAGUGGUCUUGUUCUACGGGACCAUCAGCUGUCUCUAUUUCCAGCCUCCCUCUGCUUACUCGGCCCAGAAGGGCACCAUUACUUCUCUCUUGUACUCAGUGGUCAUCCCUAUGCUGAAUCCAUUCAUUUACACCUUGAGGAACCAUGACAUGAAGGCGGCUAUUGUGAGACUUUGGGACAAGAGCAGAAGUUUUUGGAGUAAAUGA